AGGACUCUCUGAGCGAUAAGAUAAUUUCAGCAAAUUGAAAGAAAGACGACAAAAAAUUGCUACAUCACUGAGCCUUGUGUUUCAACAGGCCUUUCUUUUCGAUUUCAGGAAGGUUGCGGUGCAGUUUAUAUAGAAACGGUAAGCGUUGGUGAACACAGAACACAAAAUGGUACGAAACGAGCAAAACGUUAGCUUGCUUGAUGGCUCCAGGGAACAUCAUGGAGCAGCAGAGCCCUUUCUUUUCACUUCAGAAUCAGUGGGUGAAGGGCAUCCAGAUAAACUCUGCGAUCAACUUAGUGAUGCUAUCCUGGAUGCUCAUUUAAAACAAGAUCCUUGUUCCAAAGUCGCCUGUGAGUCUGUUACCAAAGGAGGCAAAGUUUUGGUAUGCGGGGAAAUAACAUCUCGUGCACACGUCGAUUACGAGAAAGUAAUAAGAGAUGUCGUACGACAUGUUGGCUACGAUGAUGCAUCAAAAGGUAAGAAAUAUGCGAAUGAAUUUUACACACUCCUAUGUAUGAAAAAUAUUCGAAUUUAUUCCAUCCUUUCUUUUAACCGAUUUUACAAAUAUAUAUAUGUAUAUAUAAUUUAUUUGUUAGGUUUAGAUUACAAAAACUGUGAGAUCGAAAUAGCAAUCCAUGAACAGCAUGAAGAAAUCGCCAACAUCGUACACGUCGAUAAACACGAAGAUGAUAUUGGAGCAGGGGAUCAGGGUCUAAUGUUCGGGUAUGCCAGUGAUGAAACUGAAGAACUCAUGCCACUCACCAUCAUGCUCGCACACAAACUUAAUUCUAAACUCGGCGAAUUACGAAGAAACGGAACAUUUCCUUGGGCUGGUCCCGAUUCAAAAUCACAAGUGACGUGCGAGUACGUGUUUGAUCAAGGAGCUGCAGUACCUCAACGCGUACACACAGUUGUUGUGUCAACACAGCACACGAACGACAUUACCUUAGAAGAACUUCGAACACAAGUGAUGCAAAGGGUUGUUCUAGAAGUUAUUCCUAAACAUAUGAGGGACGAGCAAACUAUUUAUUACAUAAAUCCAUGCGGAAUAUUCGUCAAUGGAGGACCCAAGGUUGAUGCUGGACUUACUGGGCGAAAAAUAAUUGUGGACACCUACGGAGGGUGGGGAGCCCACGGAGGAGGAGCCUUCUCAGGAAAAGAUCCAACUAAAGUAGACAGAUCUGCAGCAUAUGCUGCAAGAUGGGUCGCCAAAUCUUUGGUAGCAGCGAAACUUUGCCGUCGAUGCCUAGUACAAAUAUCCUAUGCAAUCGGAAUUUCUGAGCCACUAUCGAUCUCUGUAUUUUCUUAUGGAACUUCAGACAAAAGCAGCAAAGAGUUGUUGAAAAUAGUUGAAGACAAUUUUGACUUAAGGCCUGGCAGAAUUAUCAAGGAUCUUAAGCUCUACACGCCAUUUUACCAAAACACCUCCGUCUAUGGACACUUUGGAAGAGAAGAAUUUCCAUGGGAAGUACCCAAGAAAUUGGUCCUAUAGUCUUUGGCAUGCUUGUGACGUCUUUUAAUGUUUAUAUUUUUUAAUUUAAAACAUGUUCCUAUGAAACAUAAAAUGCAUACUAACUGCAUUGCAGUUUAAUUGUAAUAUGCCUUGUUCUUACCUAUAUUACUUUCACUCUGAAUACAUUUUGUACUCAAAAAUAAACCUUCCUUGCACUUCUGUAAAGGAGAUGUACAUCGAUGUAUUGAACAAAAGUGGAAAUAAAUAACUUUUUACAUUUUUAA